AUGCCGGCACCGGAUCUGGUUGAUCAUUCACCCCACCAUCCGGAGCCUGCCCCGCCUGUGGACAGUGCUUCAAACUUGAUUCUCAUUGACAACUACGAUUCUUUUACUUGGAAUGUCUAUCAAUACCUAGUUCUUGAGGGUGCGACUGUUACAGUUUACAGAAAUGAUAAGAUCACCCUAGAUGAGCUCAUUGCGCUCAAACCGACGCAGUUGGUCGUGAGCCCUGGUCCUGGUCAUCCCAAAACCGAUUCUGGUAUCAGUCGAGAAGCGAUUCGCCAUUUCAGUGGAAAAAUUCCCAUUCUCGGUGUUUGUAUGGGAGAGCAAUGCAUUUUUUCCGUUUUCGGAGGUGAAGUCGACGUGACUGGAGAGAUUUUGCAUGGAAAAACAUCGCCUCUGCGGCAUGAUGGGAAAGGAUUGUUUGCGGGGCUACCUCAGGAUCUCCCUGUGACUCGAUAUCACUCUCUGGCUGGUACACACCGUUCGCUCCCAGAGUGUCUUGAGAUCACGUCCUGGAUCUCAAGAGGUAACAACGCCAAGGGUGUGAUCAUGGGGGUUCGCCACAAAGAAUAUGUGAUUGAGGGCGUGCAGUUUCAUCCGGAGAGUAUUUUGACGGAGGAAGGAAGAGUCAUGAUUAAAAACUUCCUCAGAAUGCAAGGUGGAACUUGGGCAGAGAAUGAGCAUUUGCAGGGCUUGUCAUCGAACGCAAACAAGACUGAAAAGGUUUCCAAUGGCUUGACGAGUGCACAAGCUUCAGAGGCAACAAAUAAACCAUCAAUCCUCGAGAAGAUUUAUACGCACCGUAAGGCCGCGGUCGCGGCUCAGAAGCAGAUCCCAUCUCAAAGGCUCUGCGACUUAGAAGCCUCCUACCAGCUCAAUCUCUCUCCGCCGCAAAUAUCUUUCCCGGAGAGACUGAGGCAGUCACCUUAUCCGCUUUCUCUAAUGGCCGAGAUUAAGCGUGCUUCGCCUUCGAAGGGGAUUAUCUCUCUGGCUACCUGCGCUCCGGCGCAGGCCAGAACUUACGCCCUCGCAGGGGCCAGUGUCAUUUCGGUCUUGACUGAGCCUGAAUGGUUCAAGGGUAGCAUUGAUGAUCUACGGUUGGUUAGACAAAGCCUGGAAGGCAUGCCGAAUCGCCCGGCUGUGCUACGAAAAGAGUUCAUCUUUGAUGAAUAUCAAAUUUUGGAGGCGCGGCUAGCAGGUGCCGACACUGUGUUGCUCAUUGUCAAAAUGCUGGACGAAGAGACCUUAUCAAGGCUCUAUCACUAUUCUCAAUCCCUCGGCAUGGAGCCCUUGGUUGAGGUCAACACUGCGCAUGAAAUGGAUAUCGCAGUAAAGCUAGGCUCGAAAGUGAUCGGUGUGAAUAACCGAAAUCUUGCUAGCUUUGAAGUUGAUCUAGACACCACCAGCAGACUUAUGGACAAAGUACCCAAGGACACUAUCGUUUGCGCUUUAAGUGGUAUCUCCGGUUCUCAGGAUGUCGAAGCAUACAAGAAAAAUGGCGUUGGUGCAGUACUUGUUGGCGAGGCUCUCAUGAGAGCCACCGAUACCACAAGAUUUAUCGCGGAGCUGCUUGGAGGCACUGAGAAAUCACAAUCACCGAUCCAUACGAAGGAUCUACUGGUCAAGAUCUGCGGCACGCGAACUCCUGAAGCUGCUGAGGCGGCUGUCCAAGCGGGAGCCGAUCUUAUCGGUAUGAUCCUUGUCAAAGGACGAAAGCGCUCAGUAUCUAAUGAUGCUGCCAUCCGUAUUUCUCAAGUCGUUCACCAGACUCCAAGACCGAAUGCGAAGCCAACUUUGCAGCCGGAAGCCAAUGCCAGUGCAGCAACUGAAUUCUUUUCCCAUGCUAGCUCUACAUUUUUGUCUCAUCCCAGACGGGCUCUGCUUGUGGGUGUAUUCCAGAACCAACCGCUUUCAUACAUUUUGGAGCAACAAAAGAUUCUAGAUCUAGACAUCGUGCAAUUGCAUGGCUCUGAACCUGUAGAAUGGGCUGCUCUUAUCCCCGUUCCGGUAAUUCACAGCUUCAAGCCUGGCGAUCUGGGCAUUGGUCGGCGAGGCUUUCAUGCUCUCCCGCUCUUAGACUCUGGCUCUGGUGGGACAGGUCAAAUGCUGGACCUUGGCCAGGUUCAAAAUACCCUCAGUAAGGACUCCCAUCUCAAGGUCAUCCUAGCGGGUGGUCUAGAUGCACAGAAUGUCAAAUCGGCUUUGGCACAAAUUCGGUCGUCUGUUGUGGCUGUGGAUGUGAGCAGUGGCGUGGAAGACAACGGAACUCAGAGUAUUGAAAAGAUCAAGGCAUUUAUCACGGCCGCCAAGUCUGAUUCGUGA